AAGAGAUCGUGUGGUCCUCCAUAGGACACAGAGGUAUCCUGUUUUCUCAGACCGAUUCAGUCACAUGUCGUGUGUCCCCAAGGCCAUUUUCAAGACUGGCUCAAGAUUAUCAGUUUGAUUGAGGCUGCGAGUUAGCCCUUGCAGUGGGCGCAAUGUACAGCAGCUUCUCCGAGCCGUUCUUGGGGAGAUCGGAAAGCGCGCCAGACCUCCGGCGGUCAACAGUGGACGACUUCAGGCUCUCGAUGAAUUCGGCGAGCGGCCACUCCCGGGACCGCUUCCCGAAGGGGGCGUGGGUGUCGAAGCCGACCGGGAGGAAGUUCGGCCACACCGAUUUGUCUCUGGCCACGUCGAAGCACCCCAAGUGGAGCACCUCGCGGGAGUUCCAGAACCACUGGAGCCAUGCCACCACAUUCGGGCGAGAGCCCUUCUGCCCGGGCGGGGGCCUCACGGACCUCUACGUCCGCGACCCUCAUUCGGGGGUGUGGUUGCGGCAGAAGCCCGUGCAGCGGGAUCGCGUGCUGAGCCCGCUUCCGGGCGUCCGGCUGGAGAUGAACACCAUGAGCAACAUGUGCGUCAGCCUCAAGAGGCAGCCGAUGUUCCACGGAUGCGAGCAGCGUGACGCGCUGAUCCGGCCAGGCUGCAAGUAGGGUGGGCAGACGGGCCGGCCGGUUGAGGCCAGCCCUGGGCUCUGGGACCCCGCGGGUCCCCCCCUUCCGGCCUCCUCCGGCCCCCCGGCGGAAGUCGGAGGACUGGUCUAGGCUCCGACAUGCGUGCACGAAGCAAGUCCCGCGACGCAGCAACAUCAUGGAAGUCUCGCAGUCGCAGCGCACGGUCGGAUAGACGCUGGCGGCAAGAGGAGAGGAGAGGAC